AUGACUACCGAAACCUUCCUCGCAAGACUUUGUGAGCAGGCCGAGCGUUACGAUGAGAUGGUUACAUACAUGAAGGAGGUUGCCAAGUUGGGCGGAGAGCUUACCGUGGACGAGCGAAACCUGCUGUCCGUCGCCUACAAAAACGUUGUCGGAACCAGACGUGCUUCGUGGCGCAUCAUCUCCUCGAUCGAGCAGAAGGAAGAGUCCAAGGGUACCGACAAGCAUGUCUCCACCAUCCGCGACUACCGUCAAAAGAUCGAGACCGAACUGGAGAAGGUCUGCCAGGAUGUUCUUGAUGUCUUGGACGAGUCCCUGAUUCCCAAGGCCGAGUCUGGAGAGUCCAAGGUUUUCUACCACAAGAUGAAGGGAGACUACCACCGUUACUUGGCUGAGUUUGCUUCUGGUGAGAAGCGCAAGGUUGCUGCCACUGCUGCCCACGAGGCUUACAAAAACGCUACCGAUGUCGCCCAAACCGAGCUCACCCCAACGCACCCCAUCCGUCUUGGCUUGGCCCUCAACUUCUCGGUCUUCUACUACGAGAUCUUGAACUCCCCAGACCGUGCAUGCCACCUUGCCAAGCAAGCUUUCGAUGACGCUAUUGCUGAGCUCGACUCGCUCUCCGAGGAGUCCUACCGUGACAGCACCCUCAUCAUGCAGCUCCUCCGAGACAACCUCACCCUCUGGACCUCGUCGGAUAGCGGAGAGCCCGAGGCUGCACCAGCUGAGGCACCAAAGGAGGCCGAGAAGGCAGUUGAGCCAGAGACUAAGACUGAGGCCGCUGAGCCAGAGACCAAAGCUGCUGCGCCAGCCACCGAAUCCUAG